UGAUUCAGACGGUAUUGACCUACUGAACAUUGGUGAGUAAUUAACGCUUCAUAAAGGCACAAGACGCUGAGCUCGUAGUUCCAAUUGAGUUUGGAUCAUAUGCUGACGCCAUUCCAUGUUCGAAUACAUGCACUAAUGAUGGCAGGGAUUCACUGGCUAGUGGUUUUCAUUUACAUGAUUCAUGGUGGACACGUAUUAGGAUUUGAGUGUGGGGAUAAUGCUCUUGGCAUGCAAGAAAACGUCAUAGCAGCUGACCAGAUAACAGCAUCUUCAGGGACAGCAGGUGACAAGGCCAGACUAAACUACGCUAAUGGACCAUCGUGGUGUGCUAUGGGAAAUGAUGAUAAUCCUUAUCUACAGAUUGACUUAGGGACCCCCCACAUCAUCUGUGCUGUGUCAACACAGGGUGACCAUUUGGCAAAAAAAUGGGUCGAAACUUUCAAGAUCAAUUAUUCUGAGGAUGGGAAAACUUUUAUUCCAUACAAGGAGAAUGGCAAUAAAUCACAGACGUUUUAUGGCAACGUGGAUAGUGUUGGGAUCGUCAAGCAAAUUAUGUACCGAGGAAUUGUUGCCAGAUAUCUACGUAUCCUACCCAUGAUGUACCACGGGGCUGUUUGUAUAAGAGCUGAGAUAUAUGGAAUACGAAUACAGUCGGAAAACCUGGCAUUAAAUAAAACAGCAGAACAAUCUAGCACUAGUUAUAAUGGAACUGCAUCAAGAGCUGUUGAUGGUAAUCGUGAUGGCAUUUGGGAUGGAGGUUCCUGUACACACUGCGCUAAAACAGGCUACCAGGAAUGGUGGCGUGUUGAUCUGGGUAAAAGUGUGGAAGUAGAAGAGGUUACAGUAUAUACCAGAGCUCAUCCUAAAUGGGGUCUUCGUUUGUGGAAUACUACAUUUGAGCUUCACAUUGGUAACUCUCAACCUUACUCAACGUCUAAUCCCACGUGUGCUGGUCAGUAUGGUAUAAUACCAGCAGAUAGUAUAACCAUCGUCUGUAGCCCACCAAUGAAUGGAAGAUAUGUUACUAUUAGACAACUGCAACCCCUUCAGCAACUCUCCUUGUGUGAGGUGGAGAUAUAUGGCAAUGAAAAUCCUGGUCUCAAGGUAAAGGCUAUCGAUAACAAACUUAAUGAGAGAUGUGCGAAUACGGUUAAUGAAGACAAAAAGACAUGGUUAAUGGUUGACCUUGGUUAUAGCAUACCGGUAUACAAAAUCUACAUAMAUUUCUACUUGCCAUAUGGUAUCAUCUUUAAAGUCUUUCAGAUUCAUAUCGGAAAUAAUGGCGCUCAUGGUGGUACUUCCAAUCCAAGUAUUAUUUAUGGUCAUGCUAGAACUGAAAACGACUUGACGAGACAUUCAAUUUUUUUAAGUCCGAUAAUGAUUGGACGUUAUUUAACGAUCCAGGGUAGAGGCGGUUACAAAAAUUCAUAUAUUAGAAUAUGUAAAGUUGAGGUGUAUUCCAAAGCUCCCGUCUGUGGAAGACAAAGUGUUGGUAUCUCAAACAAUCAAGUCAUACCCGACAACAAGUUAACAGCAAGUUCUAAAUUUAGUAACACGAGGUCUGCAGCCAAAGCCAGGCUCCUUGGCAACAAUUCAUGGAGACCACGUGACGAUGAUCCCAACCCAUGGUUACAAAUAAACCUUGGAGAAAUUUACUACGUGUGUGCUGUGGCUACACAAGGUGAUCGACACAGCGAUGAGAGGACACGAAAAUACAAAUUAGAGUGGAGCUUAAACAAUAUCACAUGGCAGUUUGUGAAAAACCAAACGUCGAACGAAACAAAGAUAUUUACAGGUAACAGAGACAGGUCAAGCAUCAUCAAACAUAUUUUCACCACACUCCUAAAGGCAAAAAUGAUACGGUUCCAUCCCGUAGAGAAAAAACAGGCAUACGCCCUUAGAGUAGAAAUCUAUGGUGUCAAUAUACAAGGUCUAUUGACGCCUAAUACUAUAGGUGAAAGUGUGCUUGAUCCAAGAUAUAAGUCACAUGUAGACUUGGAGUGCAGAGCAGAUAAAGGACUGAGCAUCAAAUGGUACCAUAACGAUACAGACAUUACGAGUUACUCUAUCGGUGCAGCAAGAACAGGAUCAAUACUCAUAUCAACACUACGUGUAAACUACACAUCAGCUGAUGAUGUUUAUGAAAAAUAUUCUUGUGGAGACGUUGUUGCCCGAAAACAGAAUUGUACCAGUUUGGAAUACAUAUGUCAAGUUGAUUAUGGUUCAUACAGAAAACUACUAGCACGAGGAAGAGUCACAGUAGUAUUGGGAGUUCUUAAUGCACCUAUCGUUGAAAUACAGCGAUCGGCACGAUCAGCCCUUGUAAAGAUAAAACAGACRAAUAAAACAGGAGAUCAAGAUGACAUCACAAGAUAUUAUUUAUUUGAACUCUAUGGACAAACGAAAGUCGACACAAAUCAAAGCACUUAUAACCUAACAGACUUGAAACCCAACACUAACUAUACAGUUAGAGUAAAGGCGUCAAGUAGAAUUGGGAGGAGUAAUUGGAGCAUACCAGUGACGUUUACCACAAAGCAAGCAAAGCCAUCGGUUUCCCCGAGAAACGUAACAGCUACAAAAAUCCAAGAAGGGAAGUUCAACAUUUAUUGGGAUGAAAUACCCCCAGAAGAUGCUAAUGGUAUAAUAGUGGCUUAUGAGGUUACUUGGAUGCCUGUGAAGUUGCUACGCAGGCGGCGAUCUCCAUCUUCACGAGCAAGAAAUGCUACCAAAUCUCCUCACAUGUUGACCGGUCUGUCACUGAAUGUGACUUAUAACGUCAGUAUUCGAGGGUACACCGUGGCUGGUCCAGGCCCAUUUAGCAAACCCAUAACUAUAAAUGAAGUGAUGGAAACGACGACAUCGAAGGACGGAUUAUCACUCGAUUCAUCAUCAUCAUCUGAGUCAUUUCUGCUGAUCAUAAUCGUUGCUGCCGUAAUCUCAGCUCUCUUCUUAAUCAUGAUUGUCAUGAUAGUUAUCAUAGUUGUGAGAAAAAGACAUAAAAAGAAAGAAGAAAAGGUAAUGCGAGUACAUUAUGCAUCUCGUGCUUCAGAACCUAACGCUGAAGGAUCAGCUUUGAUGGAAGCCAAUGACGAAAGAGAUGAACAAAACCAAAGUGACAAAAACGAUAUUGAAGAAGCAACAGUAUCUGGUGCUAUAUAUGGCAACUUGCUGAAUCGGGAAGAAACAAAAGGCCCAGUUCCUGUCGCACAGUUUAUAGAAUACAUGCGUAAAGUUGGGAAGGACGAAAACGAGAUGCUGACAAAAGAAUUUGAGAACAUGGAAAAUAGUCAGCAGUUUCCUUCUCUGGUUGCCAGGAAACUAGUCAACAAAACUAAAAAUCGAUAUGGCAACAUUGUACCAUACGACCACACUAGAAUCGUUUUGGAGAAAGUUAAGAAAGAUGAAGACUCGGAUUACAUCAAUGCCAGCUACAUCCGAGGAUUUGAUGGACGAAAUAUGUCCUACAUCGCUUCUCAAGGUCCUGUUCAAAAGACUAUUGUAGAUUUCUGGCGCAUGAUUUGGCAAGAAAAGACAUCGGUGAUCGUCAUGUUAACAGGUCUUAUAGAAGGACAAAAGACCAAAUGUGAAAAAUACUGGCCAGACGAUUGUGACACGUACCUUGACAUAUCGGUUCAACUGCAGAAGACUGAAGUGUUUGCUGAUUACUCGAUUCGUUCUUUCUACUUGACAAAGACCAAAACAAAUGAACAACGCUGUGUCUUCCAAUAUCAUUUCACUGCCUGGCCUGAUAAAGGUGUUCCUCAAUAUGCAACACAGUUAUUGGCCUUCAGAAGGCGUCUUGCAUCAGAGACAGCCAUGGGAUCUCCUUGGGUUGUUCACUGCAGUGCCGGUGUUGGUCGAACAGGAGCCUUUCUUGCUGUUGACGCCAUGUUAAGACAAGCACAAGAAAAGAAAACCAUCGAUAUUUUCAACUACCUUAAAAUGAUGAGAGAAAACAGACCAUAUAUGGUGCAGACACCGGAACAAUACUUUUUCGUGCACACGGCGAUCCUCGAGUUCCUAACAUGUGGAAUCACAGAAAUACGAGCACAGCAACUGAGAGAACAGAUGUGCAAACUUGCCGAGGUUGACCAAAAGGAAAACCUCUCUGGAUAUGAGUUGGAAUUUAAGCAUCUUUCACAUGUAUGCCCUCCUGUCCAAGACGAUGAAAUCACAGCUGGAAACAAACCUUGCAAUAACAGGAAAAACAGGUUUCCAAACAUCGUGCCAUUGGAUAAAGCAAGGGUCUUCCUUCAGGUUGACGUCGAAGAAGAAGGAGCCAAUUACAUCAAUGCUUCUUAUGCAAAUGGUUACAGACAAAGGCACGCUUACAUCUUGACCCAGGCUCCUCUCGACAACACCAUCACAGAUUUCUGGAAAAUGAUUUAUGACAACAAGCUGGGAACCAUUGUUAUGCUGAAUAACUUACACGAGGGAGACGCGAACUACCCAAAGUACUGGCCCCAAGAAGGAUCAGAACAGUUUGGUGAUAUCACAGUUGAGAUCAUUCAAGAAGAAGAAAAGAAUUCUGUUACUUUACGAACGUUUACCCUGGCACACAAAUCGAAUGGUCCUGAUGGAGUGCAUGAAGUAAGACACUAUCAGCACACAGACUGGAAUGAUGGUUCUGUACCAAACAGUGUUAGAAGUGUAUUGGAUCUUAUUGAGAAGUUGGAACGGUCACAACAGCAGUCAGGAAAUAAAUCUAUCGUAGUUCAAUGCAG